UUGAGCGGCGUGUAACGACAAACAUGGAGCGAAAUGUUGGGUCACUUCAGGAGCAGGCCCUCAAGAGAAAAGAGAGGCUAAAGGCACUAAGAGAUAAACAACUUCAUGGGAGAGAGCAGGAAGAUGGGGAGCCAGAGGAGAAAAAACCUUCAUUAGAGGAGACUACGGAGGAGAGGCACAGAGAGCUGAAGCUGCGGAAUUACACUCCAGAGGAUGAAGAGCUGAAGGAGAGACAGGUGCCCAAAGCCAAACCAGCAUCAGUGGAAGAUAAAGUUAAAGACCAGUUAGAGGCAGCUAAUCCAGAGCCCAUCAUUGAAGAAGUGGAUUUGGCCAACCUUGCCCCGAGAAAACCAGACUGGGACCUGAAGCGCGACGUGGCAAAGAAACUGGAGAAGUUGGAGAGGAGAACACAGAGAGCCAUCGCUGAGCUCAUCCGGGAUCGUCUGCGAGGCAGUGAGGAGGAGUUGGCUGGAGCAGUGGGAGCAGUAGGAGUGGAGGAGGGCGACUCGGACUGAAUCCAAGAUGUAACUGUACAGUGUAAGACUAUAGUGAAUGAAUGGAACACCACAAUGAUGGCCUGACUUUACUGGGACUGUACCAUCACAUUGGUGUCGUGCCUAGAGAGAUGGCUGGUUUCGUCGCUGCAGGGAGUAAAUUUUCCUGUCAGGUCUUCAUAUACAAGUCCUACCUUGUAUCACUGUAUUAUUACAUAUGAAUAUGUAGUAGUACAUUAUGUAUAUGUGGUUAAUUGAGGUGCAUUUUUAAUGUAAUUUUUGUAUUUUCUCAAGUAAAAUAAUGUGACUUUUUCAAA